AUGUUGUUCAGGGUAUUCCUUUGGACGACGCUUGGGCCACGGUUAUCAUUCGCAUUUCUUCGUAGUAGACCCUUCAGUGUUCGAAAAUCUGCGAUGACAACGAGUCAGAACAUGGCCUAUGAAGUUGAGGAAAAGUUUCAACUUUCCGAGGCAUCAAAGGUGGAGUCCAGAUUGAAAGAGUUGGGGUUUGUACCAAAGAAGCAAGCAGAAUUCGUGGAUUGGUAUUUCGAUACUGAGAAAAACGAGCUUUCACUUCAAGAUUGUUGGCUAAGGUUUCGAGGGACAUCGAAUGUGGAUGGAGACUGGGAACUGAAGAAAGCUCAUGGCGAGAGCACCAGUACGACUGUUUACGAAGAAAUUGCCGGGGAGGAAGCUAUUUCUGCCACCAAGACGAUACUCGUGGAGAGGGGCUGUAAUAUAGGUGAGCAAAGGGCUGACGAUGACAAUAACUUUGAAGCUCCACCUCUCCCCAACUUUGCAAGUGACCUCCCUCUUCGGGCAUUCUGUCGUCUGGAAACUAAGCGAUCUAGCUGGCAAUUGGAUAAAGAAUGGUCUACUCAAACCCACGCAGGGUUAUCUGUAGAUUUAGAUGUGACAAAUACUGGCUACUCGGUCGGGGAAGUAGAGAUGGUUGUCGACGACAAGGACAAAAUAAAGGAUGCUAACAAGCGAGUGCAGCUGUUGAUUGCCGAGCUGACUAAAGGUUCGGCACCUUGCGAAGGGCCAGCAACUGGAAAACUUGAACAAUUCUUGAUGAUUCAUCGGCCAAAUCAUUACGAGGACUGCUUGGAAGCUGGUGUGAUCAAGCGAAGAUGA